UUGUUGUAUGUCAGAUCAAUGAUUACAAAUCAAUCAGAAUAAAGUUUCUGUUAAUGUGAGAAGCGCCGCAAAAUUAAGUAGAGUAAUAGGCUUAGAGAUGAAGUCAUUAUUAAUAUUGAUGCCGCUUGUCGUGUCGAUCCUAGGCGAAAGUCAGAUGGAAAAACUGCGCGUCGUCCCAGAAGUAAUCGACAAAUUGCCGGAACACAGUUUGGAAAUCAAAUAUAAGAACGGCGUGACAGUCGACAAUGGCAAAGUGCUGACACCCACGAUGGUAAAGGAUCAGCCAACAGUUAAAUGGCACGGCGAAGAAGGAUCGUUCUACGUGUUGGCCAUGGUAGAUCCGGAUGCGCCCAGCAGGAAGGAACCCAAGUUCAGGGAAUGGCAUCAUUGGUUGGUUGGAAACAUCCCCGGUAACGAUCUGGGCAAGGGGGAUGUUCUGUCUGAGUACAUUGGAUCUGGUCCACCGCAAGGUACGGAUCUGCAUCGUUACGUCUUUCUGGUGUACAAGCAACCCAAUAAGUUAACGUUCGAUGAGAAGAGACUGACCAAUCGAUCCGGGGAGAACCGCGGCAAGUUUCACAUCAGGGAUUUCGCGAAGAAGUACAAUCUUGGUGAUCCAAUCGCCGGAAACUUCUUUCAAGCCAAAUACGACGAUUACGUUCCAAUACUGUAUAAACAACUGAAAGGAAAAUAAAUUGAAAUUUCCAAUCAAA